AUGGCGGGCCCCGACAGCAAGCGGAUGUACUUGUCCAUCGUGGCGCAGAAUAUGGACAAAAUUAAAUCUGAGAAGCCAUACUGGAACAAAAAUUUUGUUCCCGUCACAGCAAGCGGAACCGGGACGAAAUACACGAUGCUUCAAGCGGCGAUGAUGCUGGACAAGUUGAAAGUUGUAAAGUACCUUGUCGGUCAUCCUGCUGUUGACGUUGCUGUGAAAUCAAGCGACAGCAAAACGACGUUAAUGGUCGCGGUCAUCGCUCGGAUGCCUUGCAGUGUUUUGGAAAAACUUCUAGAGAGAUACGACUUGAGAACAAUAAAUGAGCUCGAUCCGGGAGGUUGCACAGCCUUGGACUACUGCGAGCCGAACACCCCGCAAUACAAGCUCCUGCAGUCGUUGGGAUGUCAGACAAAGAAAGAUCGUGACGCGUCUCUUCAGGGGUUCUUCGGAAAUGCGGGCACCACCGCAGUGCAUCAGCGAGUGAGAAGGAAAGGAGAUCCGAAGCGGCCGAAAGAAGCAAAAGCAGAAAAAGAAGCUGAAGGGAGCGCUCCCGGCACCGCUGCGCAGAACUCGCCUCCGUCCCCCAGAGCUGAAGCCGCGUCCGAUAAUGAACGGUCUGGGACGCAACAGGAACGACGCGGUUCUGUCUCUAGUGAGCCGGGUGUCUCCGACGAUGACUGCGCGUCGGAUGAAGAGAUGGAUGAUCCUUGGCAAUUGGUUGACGAGGCAGAAGAUCUGCUAUACCUUCUGCAAACGUAUCUGGAUAAAUGGGGCGACGACGGAGAGGACGGCAAGUUGUGUCAAGAGUGGGUCGGUUAUACCACGAAGAAAAUUGCAAAGGGAAAAGGCAAGCACGCUGUCGAGAAGUGGAAUGACCUCAUGAAGUCGGUUUACGGGGAAGAAAACGUUUCUCGGUAUGAACCGAAAAAUUCUGCCAAGCGACACAGCAACGGCAAACAGUCUGCAGCUUCAGAGGCAGGCGCCAAAUCAGGCGAAUCAGAGGACCGCCCUGAGGACGAGGUGAGAGAGGAAACAGAGAAACGCACCGAUGAUGACACACAAGAGGGCGAAAAGCCUGAUCCGGAGAUUUUGAAGAAUUUCUUUGACCCCACAGCGCCACCCAUUGAGAUGAAAAUAACGCAGCGGAAACCUCCUCCCCCCGACGGAGGUCCACGCGUGGUGGGACUUCGCCUUAACAAGGAAGAGGCCAGGAAGCAGUUUGCUGAUAUUCUUGGACCCAGGUCGUCCCCAAAGAAGAAGCGGAACUCAAAAAAGAACUGA